AUGGACGGGCCAGUCGUAGGAUGGAACUGGAGAGUGGAAGAUGAUGCAGACCCAGGCUCGUUGACACACAGACAAGUGGACAAUCCUAAGGAUAGACAGAAGUCUAAAUGCCCAGGUGGGGCGAGGGGGGGUGGGUAUUUUGGCAGAAGGAUGGAUACAUGGACAAACAGACAGAUGACUAGAUGGAUGGAUGUGUUGCCGACCGAUCGGUUGCCAAAUAUCGCCAAAUGUGCACUAAAUGUGACACCCCUUAAGGCCUCGCUUUUCACGCCAACCCGAGGAGCCAGCGAUCGGCGAUCGGCGAUCGUGAAAGGUGCACAUGCCGAUCUGCCCAAAUUAAUACAGUCAAGCCUGUCGUUCCCCCUCGGCAGGGUUCGGUGCAAUCCGUCGACAGGACAGUCAGUUGAAGUCUUCAAAAUGCAAACGCUCGCCUCACCUCGUGGCCAGGCGUGUUUUUGGCACAAGUCGACGGGGAGAGUAAUUAAAAGUGACAUGAGGCUUGUCAUGCGAUCGGGUUGGCAAGUGAGAAUAGCAAACUGA